AUGUGCUCGACAACAAACUCUUCUACGGAGAGCCCGAAGAUGAGAUUAACACAGCUACUUAUAUGUGGAGCUAAGCUGGAUGAGACCAAAGAUAUUAAAGAAACGUCCCAUGACACGAAGCCGACAGAUGAUACAAGGAGGGCCGAACGGCGAAGAGAACGUAAAAACAGAUGGGAAGACGGCCCCCCUACAGAUGCCACGGCGAAUGCAACAGCGCAGACUGACCCUGUCAAAAAAGCAGCAGAGGAGGCCAUUAAGAAGGCUACAGCGAUGGCUCUGGCGGCUAAGUCAAAUAUCGGCACGAGCGGUGUCAACAAUCCGACAUAUACAGAGAGCAAGGAAGUGGUGCAGAAGCGGAAGCUAAUAUGGGGAAAUAAAAAGGUACACACUGGGAAGUAUCUACAAUUCGACCCUAAAGGCACGACAAUAUGUUGUCAGAUUGGGGAAGACGAGAAGGUCGCCAAGACCGAUACAACGUACAAUGAGUGGGAGAAGACCGGGUUUGAGGGGGAGGACGGUGACCAUAAAAGGCAGAAGUUUUUAAAACUCAUGGGUAUGGGCAAACGCGCGCAAAGGGUACCCGAAGGAGACUCAGCUGAAAAGGAGGCCAGUGCUAUAACCGCCAAGCCUCCCAGUGGCGUAGCGGACAACACCGCCAAAGCAUUGGACGGGACGGAGAAGGCAGAGUCAUCGAGCACCGACUCUGCGAAGAAAGCGGCCGAUGAACCUGCGGCACCAAAGGCUCUGUCGGGUGGGUUAUGUGUUGUGAGGAUGUGCACUCGGUGUGCCGUGUUAGUGGUUGGGGUUUACUUGGUUCUCGGUGCUGCUGAGUAA